AUGGUUAUCUUCGCAGAUGAUAGAAUCGAGGGUCCAUAUUCCACAUCAGAAUAUAGACAAGAAUUUUAUGUUGAAGGUACUGUGUUAAUGUGCCGUGCUUGCCGCAUAGCUUUGAAUCAUAAAAAAAAAUCAGUACUCGAUGAUCAUCUUAUUUCAAUAAAACAUCAAGUUGCAAAAACUGCUGCAAACAAUCCAGUACCAAUACAAGUACAACAAAAUAUCAAUGCUACACGUUUGUCUGAGAGAGAACAAAUGAAUUUGAACCUUGUUCAAGCUUUAACAGCUGCUGAUAUACCUCUUGAAAAAUUGGAUAAUGAUACAUUAAAAGAAUUUUUUAAAAAAUAUUGUAAAUUUGAAAAAUAUUUAUCAAUGUUAUAUGACUUAGAAUUAGAUAAGUUACAUGAAACAUUGCUAAAUCAACAAAUUUGUAUUACUGUAGAUGAAUCAACAGAUGCCUGUAGUAGAGCAGCCGUCAAUAUUCUUUUUAGCUUUGGAAAUAAAACAAAAUUGGUUGCUACAAAGCAUCUUAAAAAAGUUGAUGCUACAACAAUUUCACAAGUUGUUAUGUCAACUGUUCAAUUAUAUAAUAUACCUUAUGAAAAUGUUAGACUUUAUAUCUCUGAUAACGCUGCUUAUAUUUGGUGGAACAUGGCAUGUAAACGUAGAUGGAUUAGUCAUCUUUCUUUCAAUGCUAUUACUAUGCCAUUACUUCCACCUUGUUUUGAUUCGAGUUUGGAUACAAAUUUGGGUCAAAAUGAAAACUUAAAUACUAUUACUACGACCUUACCUCCUUUAUCUAUUAAAACUCAUUGGAAUUCCUGGUUCAAAUUUAUUUUUUGGAUUAAUCAAUAUCUUCCAUUCCUUAUUACAUUCUAUCAAGAAGAAAAAAAUAUUGAUAAUAGUAGUGCUGCAAUCCAAGAAUUAGCACAAUUCGCUUGUAAUAAUACACUUAUUCUUAAAUUUGAAAUUUUAGUGUUAUUUAUUACAUCAAAUGCACAAAGUAUGCAUGAUCCACUAUUAGAUAUGAAACUAAUUGAAAAAUGUAUAUCAAAUGGAAUUGACUUAAAUAGCUAUAAACUUAUUUUUUGUGAAGCGUAUAAGUUGGCUUGGAAUAAAUUUAAAAAACAUAUUGAUAGACAUAAUGUGCUUUCUCUUUUUAGAGCAAUUAGAUGCUUCGACUCAAAAUUUAUACAAGCACAAAAUAAUAGGCAUAGUUUAGAUAAUUACAAAGAAAUUGAUGAAUUUUUAUCACCCACAAAUAAUUUAAUUGAUGAAUGGGAAAUAUAUUACUUUGCGGUCAAUUUCAACAAAUAUGAUGAUCAAAAUUUAAAGUACUAUUUAUAUGCCGCCGCAGAAUUCACAAAUUUAACGGUAAUCACAGCAGAAUUUGACAGUUAA